GACACGUAGUAGGCGGAGGCAAGAAGCCACACACACACACAUUGGAGGGAACCCCAUCAGCUGUGGGAAGCAACACAGCCUGAACUUACUUUUAUUUCUCUAAGUCUAUUCUUCCGAUUACCUGAUUUUGAAGCGGUAUUUUAGAUAUGCGCCAUUAAGGUGUACAGCGAGAGCUCUGUGCUUAGAAACGUGUAUUUUUAACAAGGACAGCAGUGGAGGAAGAAAGAAAAAAAAAACAGACAGAAAACACGGACUACAGAAGGUGGCUUUGAAAGCAUGGAAUAUUUCAUGAUGCCGACAGAGAAGAUACCGUCCUUACAGCAGUUCAAGAAGACGGAGAAGGAUGUUAUUGGAGGUCUCUGCAGCCUGGCCAACAUCCCCCUCAGUCCGGAGACGGCCCAGGACCAGGAGAGACGAAUCCGCCGUGAGAUCGCCAACAGCAACGAACGCCGGCGCAUGCAGAGCAUCAACGCAGGCUUCCAGUCCCUCAAAACACUCCUGCCCCACACAGACGGAGAGAAACUCAGCAAGGCGGCCAUCUUGCAGCAGACGGCGGACUACAUCUUUGCCUUAGAGCAGGAAAAGACACAGCUCCUGGCACAGAACAACCAGCUCAAACGCUUCAUCCAGGAGUUUAGCGGCUCAUCACCCAAGAGGAGGCGAGCUGAGGAGAAGGAUGAAGGGAUUGGGUCUCCAGACACCCUGGAGGAGGAGAAGGUGGAGGAGCUGAGGAGGGAAAUGUUAGAGCUGCGGCAGCAACUGGACAAGGAGCGCUCAGCUCGUAUGCAGAUGGAGGAGCAGGUGCGAUCUCUGGACACCCAGCUGCACCCCGAGCGCCUCAAGGUGAUCACUCAGCAGGUGGAAGAGGAGCAGGCAAUCCUCCAGAGCCAGACGCUGUUACGGCUGCAGCAGAUCCAAGCCGCUGACAGGCAAACACACAGUCCACAGGUGCUGGCUCCUCCCACUCCCCCAGCCCCUACCCACCACCCCACGGUCAUCGUCCCAGCCCCAACACUAACCCAGCAACCCCAUCAUCACGUCACCGUGGUGACCAUGAGCCCGUCAGCCCACACCAGCACUGUGUCCACGUCCAGACAGAACCUGGACACGAUUGUGCAGGCCAUCCAACACAUCGAACGCACUCAGGAGAGGAGAGCGAGCGCCGAAGAAGAGCAGAGGCGAGCGGUCAUCGUGAGUCCUGCCCACGUCGCCAUGGACACCGCCUGCUCGGACACAGACACCGACACAGAGGGGGAGGACUGCUCAAUGAACUGAUCCAACCCCAUGAACUCACACACAAAACACACAAACACUUAAAAUACCUACUCACUGUAAGAUUCCCUCCAGGCGCUUGACUACUUUUUAAAAAAAGAAAAAGAAAAAAGAAAUCUGUCUUUGGCAUUAUCCAAACUCUUAAAUCCAGUGGUUAAGCUUUGUCUCAGUCUCGUACUGUAAAAUCUCUGACGAUUGAAAACAUAGGAUGGUCAGCGUGCAGAGGAGGCCUUGUGGGAUUUCUAGAGGCUGUUUCUCCCCCCCAACGUCAGAGCCGGUCUGUGGCUACUUGAAAACUUGAGGGCCUCCUCGUGUAAAAAGCUAUCAGCAUCAGUCCGUCCUUCAUGUGUGUUUAUGUGUGCUACGUAACAGUCGCAGUAUCACAAUUACCCAUCGUCUCUGGCACGCUGACAGUAUUAUUUGUGCUACAAAUUGAUGGAGUCAGUACAAUGGAGAGUUGAAUGUAACAACACAAUAAGCAAGCAGCUCCUGAUUCUCAAAAGAAGGAUGGAGUUGCAGUUAUUUCUUCCCCUGUCUUAAUUUGUUUUUUUUUCUUUUUGUUUCCUGGUUGGCCAGGUGAUAUUCUAGUGCCACAAAACCCAACUUAAACUACAACAGAAGGCAUUUCUAAAAUUUAACAAGUUUGGGAAAAAUUUAAACUUAAUUGCAAAGCUAAUUUGAGGAUAGAUGUUGAAUGAAAUCAUGUCGGAUUUACUUGAAAAAAAGGUUGUGUUUUUGAUAUCUAAAUAAGCCCUUAAAAAUAAGCUGUUGAACAAUUUACAUUGAUCGUCUUUUGGUUUUAAUGUUUUUCAUGUUUUUGUUAACUUUUUUUUCUGUCAGGGUUACUGAAUGUUGAAGGUAAAAGAUUUUGUUAUAUUGAGAUUAACAACUUAAAAUUGAGGGUUUGUCAGGUUAUAACAGGGAACCGGAGGCCUGGAGAUGAAUUUUACAAAAUGUUUAAAUUGGGCCCUUUCAUAUAUCUACUGGUGGCAGUGGUUGUUGCACCGUUAACCUAAAAAAAACAGGUUUUUAAAAAUAGAUAAAACCACAUGUUGACUGGUUGCUGGAACACAAAUUUUCAGUUUCAGUCUAACACAAUUUGACUGGAUCAAAUGUAGUCCUUUUUUUGGCUGAUGUGAAAAUCUGAAACAGAUUUCCAUGAUUCACAGGCUCCGUGUGCAUGAAGGCUUCCGGUUUUCCUUCAAAGACUUCCAGUCUAUCUUCUGGUCUUGGAUUGUUGAUUUCAGUGACUAUGCACUAGAGUUGGUAUUUAUGCAAUUCCAUCUUCAGUACAUUUGUUGGUAUCAUUUAUACAUGAGGGGCAGUUAUCUAUGCACCGUUGAUAGGUGUGUACAUUACACCUACAGUAUAUGUUUGAAACAAAGAAUGUAGUCUCUACUUGUAAGGUGCUCUUCGUCAAACUGGGGCUCUGCUGACCAGCAGUGCACUCAGGCCCAAAACCCUUUGUGUAACUUCACACUCGAUCACGUUUAUUACACGUGUCUGAAUAUUUUUGCUAAAAUGAUAUGUGUCAUUUCCCCAUCUUGGAAGUGCUUUGAGAGUAGAGGAACAGGGAAGAGUUGUGUCUGAUUACAAAUGACAACAUACAUAUAUAUAUAUAUAUAUAUAUAUAUAUAUAUAUAUAUAUAUAUAUAUAUAUAUAUAUAUAUAUAUAUAUAUAUAUAAUAUUUUAUAUAUAUAAUAUUUUAUAUAUAUAUAUUAAAAAAAACUAUAAAACACAGGCAGGCCACAUCUUACUGAACUCCAACACAGAAAGCAUAAGUGUGGGGAAAGAAAAGCUCUAGCUGGAAAACAGCAGCUUUAUUGUGAUACUAAGCACGUACUUGCAGAUCGGUGUACAUUUUCGGUGCAUCAGAUGCCACAAAAAGUCCAGAACUCUAAUGAAAAGCACUGAACUGAAUUGUAGAUCUCUCCCCAAAAUCUCCAUCUCUCUAAAAUGCACGAAGUCUGUCCACCUCAUGUUUUGUUGCUUAUAUAUUCUCUCGGGAAUUUGACUGGAAAUCCCUGCUUCGAGCCUCCCUCCUGUCAUACUCAAUUUGAUAUGCUGACUUGAUGCUGUAAACAUUCCUUUUUAUUUGGAUUUGUAUCUGUCUUUUGAUCUCUUAUAUGUUCUGUUGCCAAUUGAAUGCAUGUUACUAAUAGCUGUUUUCUCUCUCUCUCUAAAGCGGGCUUUUGUUUUGACAUUUUGUUUCCUUUAUUGCGGGUUUCCCAUUUUUUUUCAUUAACACACGACGGAUGUGUUCAGUGUGAAACUGUCUUGUGUGCGAUGCGUGGACACUAUUCACUCACUGACAUCAAUUUUGUAUCUGGUUAGACAAUUAUUUUUCAUGCCAAACGGGGGGAAAUUCUCAUUUUGUUUGUGAAACUUUGAGGGUAUGGUGUUUUGCUGACCAAUGGUAAGAAUUGAAUUUAGGCUAAUGUGUGUUUUUGGUCAGCUAAACACUUUUCCCCAAACGUUUCUGUACAUUGUGUUGCAGCACUGCUGUCUUUUUGGUGGAAUUUGAGAUAUUUGAUAUGAAGCACUUGCUGUUCUGUACUGCCUGAAUCAAUGAUGAGGAAAAUAUUUUUUUUUAGCCAUUUAUUUUUUUGUAAACUCUUUUGCUGUGACACAACAGCAGUUUGUUAUGUUCUGCUCUUCUGUCUUUUCAUCUGUCUUUCUUGUCCUGUUUUCCAUUUUUGGUGACACGCAUUUUUUAUAUUUUUGUGAUGUUUUUUUUUCCCAUCAGUCCAGGUCGAUGAGAAGCUGUUAUAUUUUGUUUAUAAAAACUUGGGUAAACAGGCCUUUGUAAAGAUGAAAAAAAAAUAAAAUUUGUACUUUUUUUAUUACACUC